CGCCCCUGCCUUGGUGGUUGGUGGUAAUGGAUGCACUGCACCUGCCCAGCACCUGGCACCCAGCAGCCCCUGCAGGUGCCAUGACUCAGCAGCCGCAGGAGGGCUUCGCCAGGAGCAUGGAGGACGCCCAGGAGUGGAUGAAGGCUGUGCAGGAGCGGCUGCAGAUCAAUGACAACACCCAGGGGCCCCGCGCGGCCCUGGAGGCCAGGCUGCGGGAGACCGAGAAAAUAUGCCAGCUAGAGCCAGAGGGCCGCCUGAAGGUGGACAUGGUGCUGCGGGCGGCCGAAGCCCUCCUGGCAUGCUGCCAUGAGGACCAGAAGCCCGAGAUCCUGGCCCGGCUGAGGGACGUCAAAGCCCAGUGGGAGGAGACGGUCACCUACAUGACCCACUGUCACAGCCGAAUCGAGUGGGUGUGGCUGCACUGGAGCGAGUACCUGCUGGCCCGGGAUGAGUUCUACCGCUGGUUCCAGAAGAUGAUGGUGGUGCUCGAGCCCCCUGUGGAGCUGCAGCUGGGCCUGAAGGAGAAACGCUGGCAGCUGAGCCACGCCCAGGUGCUGCUGCACAGCGUGGACCAUCAGGCCAUGCUCCUGGACCGGCUGCUGGAGGAGGCGGCCUCCCUGUUCAGCAGGGUCGGGGACCCCAGCGUGGAUGAAGACGCGCAGGAGAAGAUGAAGGCCGAGUACGACGCGGUGAAGACCAAAGCCCAGAACAGAGUGGACCUGCUGGAGCACGUGACCCAGGAACACGAGCAUUUCCAGGUGAGCGUGGACGAGUUCCAGCUGUGGCUGAAGGCGGUGGUGGAGCGCGUGCACGGCUGCAUGGGGCGCAAGUGCCAGCUGCGCACCAAGGACCGUCUCUCGGCGCUGCAGGACAUCGCCAGUGACUUUCCCAGGGGUGAGGAGUCUUUGAAGAGGCUGGCGGAGCAGGCCGUGGGGGUCAUCCAGAACACCUCCCCUUUGGGUGCAGAGAAGAUCACCAAAGAACUGGAGGAGAUGCGGAAUGUUCUGGAGAAGCUGCGUGCACUCUGGGAGGAGGAGGAGGGGCGGCUGCAGGGCCUGCUCAAGUCCAGGGGAGCCUAUGAGCAGCAGAGGAGGCAGCUGGAGGCUGAGCUGGCAGAGUUCAGGAAGGGCCUUCAGAGGUUGGCGGAGGAGGACCUGGAACCCGCGGCCAAAGCAGGGACCGAGGACGAGCUGGUGGCCCGCUGGAGACUCUACUCGGCCACGCGGGCGGCGCUGGCCGCGGAGGAGCCUCGGGUGGACCGGCUGCAGGCCCGGCUGAAGGAGCUCAUCGUGUUCCCCCAGGACCCCCAGCCCCUCGCGGACAGUGUGGUCGCUGCCAUCCAGGAGCACCAGAGCAUGAAGGCCAAGACCAGCAGGCUGCGCAAUGCCGUGGGCACGGACCUGUGGCAGCAUUUCCAGUGGCCUCUGCAGGAACUGCAGCUGUGGAGGGCUCUGGCCCAGAGGCUCCUGGAUGUCACCGCCAGCCUGCCAGACCUGCCCUCCAUCCACACCUUCCUGCCGCAGAUUGAGGCGGCCCUGGCGGAAAGCUCCCGCCUGAAGGAGCAGCUGACGAUGCUACAGCUGAAGAAAGACCUGCUGGGCGGCAUCUUUGGCCAGGAGAGAGCCACGGCCCUGCUGGAGCAGGUGGCAACUUCCGUGAGGGACAGAGACUUACUACAUAACCGGCUUCUGCAGAGAAAGAGCAAACUGCAGAGCUCACUCGCUCAACACAAAGAUUUCGGAGCGGCUUUUGAUCCCCUGCAGAGAAGGCUCUCAGACCUCCAAAUCAGGGUCCACGCUGAGAAUGGGCUUCAGCGGGACCUUCCUGGGAAACAGGCCCAGCUUUCGAGGUUGCAGGGGCUACAGGAGGAGGGGCUGGACCUGGGGGUGCAGGUGGAGGCCAUGAGGCCUCUCGUCCAGGGGAACUCCCACCACCAGCACAGACUGGACCAGCUCUCCUCUGACCACCGGACCCUGCACCGGUCUCUGGAGGACCUUGUGGACACGUGCCAACAGAGCGUGCGGGAACAUUGCACCUUCAGCCACGAGCUUCUGGAGCUGCGACAGUGGAUCUCCGUGCUCACACAGAAGCUGGAGGCCCACCGCGGGGACACGGGCCCAUGGGAUGCCCAGUCCCGAGAGGUCGAUGUCGAGAAGCUGCUAGACGAAUUCCCGGGGAAGGAGGCCCAGCUGCCCCUGAUUGAAGCGCACGGCCGGCUGGUGAUGGAGAAGUCUUCUCCGGAGGGGGCUGCUGUGGUCCAGAAGGAGCUGCAGGAGCUGGUGGAGUCUUGGGGGGCCCUGAGGCUGCUGGGGGAAAGCCUGCUGAGCCUCAUCAGAAACCGGCAGCUGCAGAGGAUGGAAGUGGAUUUGGGGAAGAAAAUGAUUUUCACCAACAACAUCCCAAAGACUGGGUUUCUCAUCACCCCCACGGAUCUUAUUUCCCGACACCACCGUCAGGCAAAUGUGCGUCAGGAGGAGGAAGGCAGCUGUGAAGAUUUCUCCCAGCUCCUGAGGAACUUCGAGCAGUGGUUGCAGGUGGAUAAUUCCAAGUUGGUUAGAAUCAUCGCCAUGAGAACUGCCACCGCCACGGACCUGAGGACCAGAGAAACAAAGCUGCAGGAGCUGGAGGCUCGGUUACCAGAAGGUCAGCGUCUCUUUGAAAACCUCCUUCGUCUCAGGCCAGCAAGGGGGUCCUCAGAUAAGCUGGAGGAUCUGCGCUACCGGUGGAUGCUCUACAAGUCCAAACUAAAGGACUCCGGCCACCUGCUGACGCAGAGUUCUCCAGGGGGGGAGCCGACUGGAUUCCAAAAGCAGUGUUUCUGUCCAGUGGGAUCUUGUGGCAUUUUGGCCUUGGUCUGCAGUCAGCCCUGGAAAGCAGGAACAAUAACAGGUCGCUUUUAUGGCCACCUCCUAUCCAGAAGCCAAGCCCUACACCCAGAUGUUCAUGAAGAGGACUCUGAGAUGUCAGCAUAGAAGAACAACACUGGCCCUCACUCAGAGCCCAGUGACUCUUACUUUAGGUACAAUGAGGACAACCAUGCUUGUCUGUUUUCUAGAAUGACAGCAGAUUAGAUGCUGUGGAUUAGAAGCAGGAAGGGUGCUGAUCCCAGGCAGGCUCAAUGGCAGCAAUGAAAAGUGACAAGUGAUAGAGUGAAAUUAAGGGAGGAAAAGAAGAACUCCAACGAGCAGACCCAGAACUAAGAAAGCACAGCAGAAUGGGGACCUCAAGGAGCCCGAAUAGCCCAGACCAGUGAUGAAGGGCCAUGGUCGGGACAGUGCGUCUUCAGGGAAUGGUUAGAUCAUGCCACGUGUUCUCCGCUCUGUUCAGGGAGAAAAUGAAGGAGAGGAAGCUUAUCGUUAAGCUUUCCACGCAGAGAAUGAUGAGCACACCCUGUGUGUAGCCCCCACCUGACAGUGCCGGGGAAGAUGUGUUACCUCCGUUGCUCUUAAGCUGAGUUUUUCAUCAUCUACGACUCAGGCUGAAGCGACAGAGGGGAGCAUCUGCCACGCCAGGGACCAGAGAUCGAGGGUCCAAGGUAGAGAGUGGAGGUCCGCCGUGGAGCUCAGCCUGUCUGAAGGGCUCUCCCUCCUCCUCCCAGAAGGGACUUUGGAGAGAGGUGGGUCCUGUGUCCCACACAUGUGCCCACAAGGGACCCAGGGGCCAGGCGCCCCACCAGGCCCCCUCUGCAGGGGCUUGGCAGUCGGGCCCAUGAACCACCUGGGCCCUGAGGCUGGAAAUACAUCCCUUCCUCCCCAAGGAAUUCUGGAAUGGUUCCUAAGUGCUUCAUAACUGGAUCAUGUUUUCCCUAAAUCAACACUAAAUUUUCCUUUUUAAAAAAUGCUUAGUUCCCACUCUUUACAAAUUGAUUUUGUCUGUUCAGCUACGCAUAGGAGACCAAGAGGGGAUUCCUGAGGCCUUUGAAAUCACAGUGUUAUAGGCCAAGAAAGACCUUUAAACACAGGGGAAACCGAAGACCCAAGAGGGUCCAGACCCCCAGCACGUGCCGCAGCCCCCUGCUCUCUGCAGCACACGGACCCGUCCUUUCUAGCGCAAGCCCAGCCCCAGCACAGCUCUCAGCGCAGGGACCCAGGCGUCCCUGUAACUAGGAAGAGCUGGACAUCCACAGGGCGGGAAAACAGUGUCACCGAGAAGGGCUCUCAGCGCUGACUCAGAAAGCACACUUUUCUCCAGAUAUUUAGAAACCAAGCCACAAAGCCGUUCUCCACAGGCGAUCACUUUACUGGAAAAUCAGGGGCUGGGUGAACCAAGACCUCAGGCCCAGGCAGCUGAGCCCAGAUGCCCACUGGGUUGUGUUGGUCCAGCCCAAGAAGGUCAGCGCUGUGGCCAGGGCCUUUGAACAUCUCCUCUCCCACUCUCCCACUUCACAGCGAGCAGGCAGCGGCCCAGAGAGGGGAAGCAACUUACCCACAGCCACACAGAAAGAGGUGGCCAAGGCCAGAGCUGAGCCUGGUCACCGCUACCCCCAGGCGGCGCCCUGCUCGCUGUCGCCCCAUCCCCCCACCCCCAUCCGUAACUUCAGAAAGAAAAGGCUCGAAGGAUGUGAACACAGUUGUGUCCUGCGUGUGGGCUUGGGGGAGAAGUGUAAUGUGUGGGCUGGUGGGUGGGAGUGUCUGCAUAUAUUUUUUAAACUUUGACAAUGAUGCCAUAGAGCUUGUUUGCAUAACUUUUUUUUAAAAAGAGAAUUGAUAUUUUCAUCACUUUCAUAUAAAUGCGGUUCCGAUAUGAUAUAACCAUCAUUUACUGGUGCUUUUCAAGUGUCAUCUCUUGCUUAAAGUGGGUGCAGACAGCUGUGAUUUUUAUGACUUUCUAAAUUCCUGAGCACCAACCUCGAAGAGCUUUAACGUGCCUUUUGAGAAGGGUGUCGCAGUGGGACCUUCGUGUGUUUAUUUUUCCUCUGUCCCCCAGAGUGAGAGAGAUGGUAAGAAGUGUGAACAUCACUGCCCAGCCCAGGGUUGUGUGUGCGCGUGUGUGUGUAUGUGUGUGUGAGAGAGAGACAGAGACAGAGACAGAGAGAGAGAGGAGGGAGACAGAGGAAGGGGGAGGGGGAGGGGAGGAGGAAGGGAGAAACACAGGUGAGCCUGACCAGAGCUGCUGUGACCCUCCUUAGCUGUCUCUCGCUCCCCUGAUGAGGGACACCCCUCCCCCAGGGUGGCCACGUCUGGGGCGGUGGGGAGAUGGGGAGAGGUCCCUGCUUGCUCUGUGGAUCCCGAGAUGCCAGCGGCUUCCUUUGAAGUCUGUUACCUGAGUGUCUCUCACUGGUGGCAGCACAGUGACCCCCAGCAAGCCUCUUGUGUUCCCAGCCCAGUCGGGAUUGCACCCUGAUUCCCUCUCUCAUGGGAACUCAGCUAGUGGAGUGGCGGCUCCCCCUGCUUCUCUCACCCCAGUAGGAUUGUCACCCGUCUGGGUCAGCAACAGAGGAGAGGUGGUCAGGCCAUGAGCUGUGAGCACAGGCCCAGCAUUAAAUACAUGGGCCCUACUUUUCAGGAGCUUUCCCAGAAGCCCCACCCAGACACUUCUGUCGACAUCUCAUUGGUCAGAACUGUGUCACAUGGUUCCUCUGCAUCUCUCAGGAGUCUGGAAACACAUCCUCCAACAAAAUGGGCAUCUCUUAGUGAAAAGGAGGGGUAGAGUGGAUUGGGGUGGCACUUAGGUGUCUCGGCCCCAGUCAUCCUGGCCCUCCGUGUCUUGGUCUCCUGCUCUGUCAGCAGAAUUUGGGGACGUUCGUCAUUGAGGGGUGAAAAUGACCUUCCACCACUGCCCCCCACCUGCCUCCCCAGGUGACGGGGGUCCCUGAGUUUUUCAAGUCCCUCUCCCUCCCCAAUGUGUCACAGCCGUUCCCUCCACACUCAGGACACUUCUAGGUCUACCUUCUUGGAAGACUUGGGAACAGGUAAAUAAACCAAAAUAAAUCAAGUGCCCUUCUUGGCCAGAGUGUGUGCAGGGGCACCCCCCCACGCGCCACCCCGUCCUUGCCGUGUAGGCUCAGGGAUAAGCUUUUUAACACUUGUAUGUCUGCAUCCAGCCCAGGAAAUUUGUAGUUGCUUUCAUUUCUUCUGGAACAUGAGUUACUCCUGCGUGCAAAUCCUGGAAAGAGAGGCUCUCUUGAGCGUUUCCAGGCUGCCCCCCUUCCCCCCAUUUUCCAGCAAACUGCUGAGGCCUGGAAAGGGAACGUGGGAGGACACAGCCACAGGUGGCUCCCAGCGUCCGACUGACGGAGCCUCCGGCAGAGGAGCAGAUUCAAAGGAUUUAAAUCAUCAUUUCUCCCUCGGUUUCAAUUACAAGAGAAAGGCCUUCUAUUCGUCAAAGUAAGCAAAAGGGGGAAUUCAUUUUUAAAAGGAAAUUAAAAAGACAAAAGCUCACGGUUUAAAAACAGAUCUUAAAUCAGAGCACCCAGAGCCUGAAAGAACAGUCAGCCAAUUCAGCAUCCUCCAAUGCCUGCCUUUUGGUUGUCAUAGUAAUGUGACAGCUGCUUACAGGUUGGUACCCAACCAGCUUGCCCAGACAGGGGACAGUAAUCAUACAGAGCAACCUCAGUUUCCCCAAGGUCCCAGGCUUCCUUUCAGGAAUGCUUGCUUCUAAGCUCAGCAACCAGAGCACAGGGUGGCAGCCCCUCUUCCUAUUCUGAUGGAAAUGGGAGGGAAGAAACAAACUGAGGACCCGCCAGAUGGCCCUGACUCCUUCCAAAACCCUCGCCAUGGAAUCAUGGUCUUGUUUUUAGAUGCUGAAACCAGAGCACAGAGAGGGUUAGCAACCUGCCUAAAAGCAACCAGCUUGUGAGUGAGUGGUUGAUUUGGGACUUGUACCCCGGGAUGAUGGGCUCCAGGCCUCUCCGUGGAACUUCAGCCUCAACUACUUUUCUUUCCUUGGGAGACCUGGGCUGCUGCUACUUUGGCAGCCGGUUAGCUAGUUGAGGGUAAUGUUCCAGAGGAGGGGUUGCAGGGCUUCUCUCUGAUGCCCACUCCCCCAGAGAGCUGACAACACCAGGGUGAUGUGCCGGGGGACAGAGACAGGGUGCUUACCAUCCCCUGGAAAAACAGAAAUAGACCUCCUCUUGCAGGGCAGCUGGAGGGCAGAGUCGGCUUUGGGAUGUCGCUGCCUGUAGAACAGUUCUGAUUCCUUCCACUGGAGAAAAAAAGAGGCAUUUCUCUCCAGAGGCAGUGGCCUUGCAUGUUCUAGAGUUUUACAGGCGAGGAAGAAGUGGACAGAGGAAGUUUUGUGGUAUGUGUGUGUGUGUACAUGUAUAUGUGCAUGUGUGCAUGUGUGUGUAUGUGUACUACGUGUUCAUUUCCACCCAGAAGCACAGCUACGCAGCCCUUGUUUCCAGCCCUGGGCUUCCGGGCAACAGAUAUCACCAGCCUGUGGUCUCUGGGAACCUCAGGGUGACCAUGCUGGACCCAGGAUGUUUCCCCUGAUUCCGGCAUUUUAUGCCUCUUAUGGAAGCAACUGGUUGUUCCCCCUGCUGUUCUCCACACAAAGGGAAGGUCAGCUGACCCCCAAGAUCUCUGCCAUCUGGAAACUCCCUUAGGCUGGUUUGGAAACGAUGCCCUCUCUUCUUCUCUGGCUGGCAUACAACCUGCUCUUAGAGGAGGACUUAGCUAAGUGGGUCCUAAUUUGCCCAUUUCUCUCUUGCUCUGUGUGUCUGUGUGUUUUAGAAACCAGUGAUGUUCAAAGAUGCUAAAAACCCAGGAAAUGAUCAUUUAACAGCUUGCGGAUAAACAUAUCUUGGUUUCUGUACAUUUUUCUGCUCUCAACCACUAUUUCUUAAAACAUUUAUAAUCUAAAUAUAUGUGAAUGUGCAAUUACUAGCUCUACAUUCUCUUUUCAUUUAUGUUUGAUUUUGUAGGACUCCACUGAGGAAGUGUCAGCUUUUAUUCUUUUCAUUUGCUUAUUUAUAUUCAUUCAUGUUUUCUUUCAGAAAAUGUUUAAGGCAAGAUUUGAAUGUAUACAUGCUCAACACAAUAAUUGUGAGGGUAGAAAUAACCUGUUUAUUGAGGUACACGAUCUAUUUUUAACCAAUAAAUGGAUUGGCUAGUUUUAAAA